AAGCCAACCUACCUUGCUUCUGAUGGAAGCCAAUAUCAUGAGAUCGUUGAUGGGUUGUACCUCCUUCACGCCGUCGGUUCUCAUCCAAAAAGGAGCCAUCAUCCCCCGCCAUCUCUGCUUAAGGACAGCUGUGUCCGCCCGUGGCUCCUCUUCUGAUGCAGCUAUGGUAAUUGAUAAAGGGAAGGUUGCAGUAGACAUCCUACAUGAGAUCAGAACGGAAGUCUCAAGAAUGAAGGAAUCAAUUGGCAUGGUUCCUGGAUUAGCAGUACUCCAUGUUGGGGACACAAAACUCUCCAAAUCUUAUUGGGUAUCUUGUGGAUUUGUUGGCAUCAGAUCAUUUGUAGUUCAUCUAGCCGAAGAUACGACAGAAGAGAAGACGUUGGAAUGUGUCUCAAGCUUCAACGAUGAUCCUUGUGUCCAUGGCAUCCUUGUUGAGUUGCCUCUACCAACGCAUAUGGAUGAGCACAAGAUAUUAAAUGCGGUUAGUAUAGAGAAAGACAUCAAGGGAUUUCAUCCAUUAAAUAUUGGACUGCUUGCUAUGCGCGGAAGGGAACCCUUUUUCCUUCCACAGACUCCAAAAGCAUGCAUCGAGCUGUUACACCGGAACAACAUUGAGAUCAAAGGAAAGAGAGCUGUUGUUAUCGGCAGGAGUAACACUUUUGGUAUGCCAGCUGCUCUAUUACUGCAGAGAGAAGAUGCAACUGUUACCAUUAUCCAUUCAAAAACCAAGAACCCUCAAGACAUUACAAGACAAGCUGACAUCAUAAUCUCUGCCGUUGGUAAACCAAACAUGGUCAGAGGAAGCUGGAUAAAACCGGGAGCAGUCAUCGUCGAUGUUGGGAUUAGUUAUGUUCGAGACCGAAAUGCUCGUUAUGGCUUUCGAUGGGUCGGCGACAUUUGCUAUGAGGAGGCUUGCGAAGUUGCAUCAGCUAUCAUAACUGAUGUUGGUAGCGAGGGACUACUGGAAUCAGACAUGCUCCUAUCGAACACUUUGACAUCAGCCAAGAGACUUCACAACUUCCUGUGACCUUAAAAUUCAUGCAUAAUUUCUUUUCAGGUUUGUUAAAUCUUAGGUUUUCUUCUGGUCGUCCGACAUUGCAGAUUAUCUUAUGUUCUAGUGUGUUUUUGUUGAAGUUACCUCAUAACUUACUGUGACCUUAAAUUCAUGCAUUAUUUC